UCCCCUUCUCUCUCUUCUUCCAUCCAAUCACCUUCGCUUUUCUCAUUCUUUGCUUUUUAUGUGCGCAUUUUCGUUUACUGUCUCUGAUUAUUAAGUCUGCUUCUAUCUUGUUGUGUAGCUGUGUGCAAAUUGUCGAAAGAAGAGUUUAAAAAAAGAUUCAGGCAGUGAAGUAGGUAAGUGUGGAAGCCAUGGUUCUUGACUCCAUAUUGUCUUCUCCUAGUAUGAGGUCACCAUCUUUCAAGAGGCAGUAUACAAAGUAUGAACUGGGGAGUUGGUCAACACUCGUGGGGAGGCACCGCUUCCUCUUAUCUGCGCUUGCUCUACUGACUGUCCUCUGUACCGUUUACCUUUAUUUUGCUGUUACAUUUGGAGCCAAUGACUCUUGCUCUGGGUUGAGUGGACCUCAGAAAGCUUCCUGUCAUAUGAAGCAUGUGAAGGCUUCUGUAGCCAAGGGAAAUCUCAAAAGUCUCAGACAUUUCUGAUUUUAAUACAAGUUACGGUGGAGAUUUUCUCUUGUUCUUUUUUCACUUUAGGUGAUGAAAUCAAAAUAUGAUCUCGGGCUGCAGUGUAGUAUUAUGUGUUAUUUAUACCAACUGUUUAUCUUGGCAUU